GACAGAAACAUGUCGGACGUAGGAUCUGAUGAGUUCGAGGAUGAACAAAAUAAACUCGGGGAGUAUGAAGGAGGCAGAAACGAAGCUGGAGAAAGGCACGGAUUCGGGAAAGCUAUUCUGCCCAACGGAGACAUUUAUCAGGGAGACUAUCAGAACGGGAGAAGACACGGACAGGGGACAUAUCGCUUCAAGAAUGGGGCGAGAUAUGUAGGGAACUACCAGCAGAACAUGAAACAUGGGCAGGGAACCUUCUACUAUCCCGAUGGGUCCAAAUAUGAAGGGUCGUGGGUUGAGGAUAUGAGACAAGGUCACGGUGUCUACACCUACCCCAACAAAGACACCUAUGAUGGAGAGUGGCUGCAAAAUUUGAGGCACGGACAGGGCAUUUACCACUACCAAGAAACUGGCUCUAAGUUCAAGGGCACUUGGGUGAACGGCAAGAUGGAGUCAGCUGGAGAGUACCUCCAUACUAACCACAGAUUCAUGGGCAACUUUAUCAACAACUAUCCGUUUGGCCCGGGGAAGUAUGUGUUUGACAUCGGCUGUGAGCAGCAUGGAGAAUACCAGAAAGCAGAGCAGUCUUUGCAGGACAGAGCUGAGGUUGAGAGGGAUGAGUUGGCCUCUGCCACUGUCCUCAAGUGGAUUCCCAAAUGUGUCACAGGCCUAACAACAGGAACUCCUGGGAAAGAGACUUCAGGUGAAAUUCAACAGUGACGUGCAAGCCGUGAUUGUAAAACUAUUGUCUGAUAGCAGAACCCCAUACAGAAUGUUACUCUUGCAACCAUAGAGAUUUUGAAUUUGAAAACAUUGAAAAUGUUCAUUAAAACUUUA